GGGGGCGUGGCGCGGUGGCGUGCGGCGGCUGGGGCGCGCGGCGGCGGCGCCAUGUCGAUGGAGGACCCCUUCUUCGUGGUGAAGGGGGAGGUGCAGAAAGCUGUGAAUACUGCCCAGGGGCUUUUCCAGAGGUGGACAGAGCUCUUGCAAGAUCCCUCCAUUGCCACAAGAGAAGAAAUCGACUGGACCACUAAUGAGCUCAGGAACAACCUGCGGAGCAUCGAGUGGGACCUGGAAGACUUGGAUGAAACAAUUAAUAUCCUUUCUGCAAACCCACGGAAAUUCAACCUCGAUGCGACGGAGCUGGGUAUCAGGAAAGCCUUCAUCACGAGCACGCGGCAGGUGGUCAGGGAAAUGAAGGAUCAGAUGUCAAACUCCUCCAUGCAAGCACUGGCUGAAAGAAGAAACAGGCAGGCACUCCUGGGAGAAAGUGGGAGUCAGAGUUGGAGCACUGGACCUGACAAAUACAGCCGUCUGGACCGGGACCUGCAAUUAGCAAAUUCACACUUCAUUGAAGAGCAGCAAGCUCAACAACAGUUGAUUGUGGAGCAGCAGGAUGAGCAGUUGGAGCUGGUCUCUGGCAGCAUUGGAGUGCUGAAGAACAUGUCCCAGCGCAUUGGCGGGGAGCUGGAGGAGCAAGCAGUGAUGCUGGAUGACUUCUCCCAUGAAUUAGACAGCACUCAGUCGCGGCUUGAUAAUGUCAUGAAGAAGCUCGCCAAAGUGUCUCACAUGACAAGUGAUCGACGGCAGUGGUGUGCAAUUGUUGUCCUCUUCGUCAUCCUGCUGGUGGUGCUCAUCCUGCUUUUUGUCCUGUGAUGGACUGAACUUCCUCAGAUGCCCCCUCCCUGCCCCCUCGGCCCGGUGUCACAGGGAAAUGAAACUCUCACCGUUUCCGUCCGUACGCAGAGAUACCUGCCCCCAGCUCUCAACAUUCUCCUCUGAGGACCAUGGUUCGGCUCUGCUGGUGUCUCACCGGGACCUGGGGAGAAGGGGUGCAGGACUGGAGCUGCCUCCUCCCCCAGUGCAGUGUGAUCUGGACCUGACCUUCAGGUCUGGACCCAGGCAGCUGGAGGGGGACUUGACCCCUUACCCUUUCACCUCGUGCAGGUAGGAGCCGGUUGCAGCACUCCCAAGCCGCCUGUGGUCGGAUGCGAACACAGAGCAGCAAGCCCUGGGGAGGACAGGAGCGGGGAGGAAUUAGUUGAUUCACUGAGCAUUACAAA